AUGUCACAGUGUUGGGGCUACAUGUCACGGUUGUUUGGGCUACAUGUCACGGUUAUAUGGCUACAUGUCAUGGUUGUUGGAAUGCAUGUCACGGUUGUUGGGCUACAUGGCACGGUUGUUGGGCUUCAUGGCAAGGUUAUUGGACUACAAGUCACGGUUAUUGGGCUACAAGUCACGGUUGUUGAACUACAUGUCACGGUUAUUGGGCUACAUGUCACAGUUAUUGGGCUACAUGUCACGACAAUGGUCACACCUUUGUCCAACAAGUUCCUUGGCUGGGGGGAGCUGGAAAACAGCAUAAUGUAUUGUUUAGCUGGUCUUGAGGUCAUAAUUGUGUUUGGUCUGGUCACAUGGCUCAGCAGGCGAGUGCAGGACCGCAGUUUGAUUCUGUGCGGGACAAUUGUACUCACAGUAGCAAAUUCUUGGAUGAUUUAUGUGAUACCUGUCGCAGGAGAAUGUUCCUAUUAUACAAAUCUUUGGCGGUUUAUUAUCGGGAUCAUAUUUGACAUGCUUGCCUUGCCUAUGCUUGUGUCCGGGAGCAUUUCCCUUUACUCAAAAAUCACCAGGGUGGAGACUCAAGGUCUGAGUAUGGGAUUACGACGCAGUGUUGUUGGCAUGGCAACAAUUCUAGGACCACUAUGGGCGGGAUCUGCAAUUACGCGUCCCUAUAUAAUGUUUGGAGUCAUGUUAGCUCUGCUUGCAUUAUCAUUGUUCAUGUUGGUCCUGUCAUUCAGUAAGCUGGUACCCAGCAGUGAACAGCCGGUAAACAAAGCAGGUCUUGUGACCACCACUGACAGUGACGAGGACAUUACUCAGCCACUGAUUACUUGACAGCACUUAGAGAUGUUUUAUUAAUGUAGCAAUUCCAUGGCAGAGAUUUUUUAUAACUGUAUCAACUCCAUGACAUAGAUUUUUUAUUACUGUAGCAAUGCCAUGGCAGAGAUGUUUUAUUACUGUAGGUAUCGGUUACCACUGUAAUUCAAUGAAAUAUUAUAAUAUUAUAAAGUUCUUUCUUUGCUUUACUUUUGACUUUCUUUCGAAGAGAAAAGUCUUGUUAUUGUAAUUUUCUAUGUGUUGGUGGCGUUGUGCAAAUGAUUGACCCUGCAUUGACUUGCAGUGGUCAUUACACAAAAAAUAAUUGAAGGGAGUCACAUGAAUGUGGAAACACAUAGUGCCAAAAUAAAAUGCAAAGCAUGGCCUUAUUAAGUUGAAUCCAUGUGGGACUGAACAUAUAACAAAAGACAAGCGUUGGGAUUUCACAGAGCGACGCCCUUGUUAAUGCCAACGUUUAUCUUUGAAUAAGAUUUGCUCUGUUUUUAGAACAAAAAAUCAAAUAUUUGAAAACACCAAGCUUUAAACAAACUGCUUAUGUACACAUGUAUGUAUAUUUAAUAAAUUGAAUGUAUGCUUUAAACUAUACAUGCACGCAUUUGUUACAUUGUACAUCUGUAUUGUUAUUGUAUGUAUGUUAGCAACAUUAUGUAAACUAUACAAAAUAAAAAAUGACAUAAUU